CUUGGAGUAACUAAAUCCUGGUACGCGGCUCCCAUCUAUGUCCGCCUGAAACAACCGUGACUCGGUUAGGCGUCUAUCGCGGCUACGUUACCUGAUUCGUGCGCACGUCGCACCGCUCUUGGGGGGGCUUUACGACACACAACGCAACAAGCUUCCAUACUACCAAGGUGCAACGAGCCGAGUAUCGCUACCUCUCUCUUCUUGCACCCGCCUCGAAUUAAACAUGAGUCGUCCGAACAACAACAAUGCUGCUACCGCGCGAUCAGACGAUGCUGUUCUCAAGCUCUUCAAUGACAAGGAGCUCUCCGGGAACGUCGUGAAGCUCAAGUCCGCGGCGUCGUCGUCCGGCGUGGCGCGUAAGGGCGCCAAUAACAAGAAGUCGGCGAACUGGAAAGAGCGCGCGCGACAAUUAGAAAAUCAAGAUGAUAAAUCCUCGCCGACCAAGUCCCCAGGACCGGUCGUUACCCAGCUGGACGAAAAAGAUAUCUCGACAUUCGCCACGGGAAGACCGCUCCACGACGAGCCCGUCACUUUGGUCUGCAAGUACUGCAAGAAGGGCAUCAUUAAGACCGUUGCUGCUGAGCAUGUGCGUGCGUGCUUGAAGGCGAAGGCCGAGAGGACUAAGGAGCGAAAGAAGAAGCAGAAGGAAGAGGCUGCGGCUGCGGCCGCUGCUGCUGCUGCGGCCGCUGGGAAGGGCAAGGAUGAUGCUACGGUAGAGGCGAAGAAGAAAAAGGGCCCGGGUGCGAAGAAGAUGGCGAAGAAAGACAGCGAGGGGGGCGCGAAGGGGAAGAAGCGCAAAGCCGACGAGGCGAAACUCCCCAAGGAGCCCAAGACCAAGAAGAAGAAGGAGAAGCCUACGAAGCCGGAGCCCAAGAUCAAGGCACCCGUCGAUGUCGAGAAGCAGUGUGGUGUUCCACUACCCAAUGGCGCGCUUUGCGCUCGGUCCUUGACCUGCAAAUCGCAUUCGAUGGGAGCCAAGCGAUCGGUUAUCGGGCGAUCCCAGCCAUACGAUGUCCUAUUAGCGGCAUAUCAGAAGAAGAAUCAGGCCAAACAACAGAAAGCCGCAAUCAAUGCAGGCGCGGCUCCUCCCGAGGAGCUCGAGGCCAACGCCAUGCCCGUCGACUCGGACGAAGAGACCGAGCUCGUCAUGGCGGCAAUUUCGAAGCGUGUGCCGCAGCCUUUCGAUCGUCACAUCGUGGUUCCGGUGCGGAAGAAGUCACAGUACAUUCGGAUGCGUGAACUCAUGGCAAGUGCACUUCGACCCGGUAGCCAGCCGCUAUUCAAUAGCGAUGCUGGUGGAGGUCCGAACGGCAUAUUGGGCGGUGUGUUGGGCGGUCCGAAACCUGCUUCGUCAAAGCCCUUUCAACCGCCUCCUCCACCUGCCCAGCGGAAAUCCUCCCUGAAUAUUUCUGGAUAGAGGGUCCAUCCACUGGCGUUGAUAUUUGAGGGGCUUGAGGGAUUGUUUGCAUUUGGGUAUUGCAGUGCAGAGGUUUACUAUGGUGUUUGGUGUUUGGGCGCUAUAUGGUUGUUAAUAGCUAUUUUGGUAUCGCUUUUUGGCUUGCAUCGGUGUUUGUAGACGAUCUGGUCUAUAUCUAAGAGUUU